GAUCGCGACGGUACGUUAUCGAUGACCGACGUGCUGAACAUGAUACAGGUCUGCAAUGACAAACAGCACAACAAGGUCCCAUGCCAGAAGAAGAAGUACCGCGUUACCAACAAGACCGCGUCAACAACGAUGAUAGCGGCUUUCGCGGAGGCGUUGGCGAAGGAGGUGGGGGACAGGCCGCAGAGCCUGGCGACAACGUCGGUGAAGAAGUGCGAGGGGCAGCAAUCUUCCUCCUCACUCGAGGCGAACAGCUGUUCGUCCCGCUGUUGUUGUUGCAAGCCCGCCGUCGCGAGUCGCAGCACAGAAAUGGCGCAAGAGGAUUCUUCCGACGGCCCCUCCUGGGACAAUCUGCCUAUCGUUAUCCUGCAGGAGAUCUUUUCGUAUUUGCCGCACGAAUCGAGGAUAAAAGCCUCCCAGGCGUGCAAAAAUUGGAGGUACACCUUGUUCCACCCGAGCUUCUGGAAAAAAAUCGCUUUUGUGUUCAAAGAUGAGGACAGUCUUUCGUGGGUCAGAUUCAUGGUGGAUCGUUAUGCUCUGAGUGUGCAGGAAGCAACGAUACGUUGGAAUAUACUCAACAGUAAAUACAUUGACUACAGGAGCGAGACUUACAAUCUUCUGAAGAAGCUAGGCUGCAACAGGCAACUGAGAAAAUUGUUUUUGGAAUUCAACAAUUGCAUUUACGACUAUUUUGACUAUGAGAGUAACAGCUAUUAUUCCCAGUCUCUGAGGGAAUGGGUGGUGAGAAUUAUCGAGACUUCCAAUUGCCUGGAAGUUCUGAGUCUGGGAUGCUCGGAGGAGCUAGCAGCGGAUAUGAUUGCCAUUCUAGAGCCCCUCCGUCUUCACCACGCCAAGCAUUUAACGCAGCUCAACAUGGCGACCGUCAAAGACGACCCUGAUCAUUACAAGAUUAAGGAAUUCGAUAAUUCUAUCUUUGAUUCGUUUACUAGAUUAUCCAUUUUAACCUUGGAUCAUGAAUUUGUUAGCGAUACCACGUUGAAGGCGCUAGAAAACGGUUGCUUGAAGAGACUAGUGAUUCACAUACACUGCUGGCGAAAUGAACCGUGGACGACGAACAGGGCCUGGCAGAAGUUCGUUCAAAAGAACCCGCAGUGCGAAUUGAGACUCAACCUCAUACAUUCUUAUUUCGGCGUUAAAAGUCUGGACACUGAGAUACUACGUGCGGCGAUGCCGUUGACACAUCUGAAAGUUCUGUUCUGCGAGAGCGUUAAUGUCAGAGCGAUGCUUAGAAUAUCAUUGUGGUACUCGCACACGCUGAAGUCGUUGACGUGGAUAGACUCGGUGAAUCGUAAAAAUGAUCUCCAAGACUGCCUGCCGUACACGCUCGAUCCGAACGAUCCAAUGAGCCCGGAUCCGAUGGUGUUGAUAGCAUGGAAGUGCACCAAACUCUCGAAAAUAAUGUUCUUAGGUCGCAAAUACUACGACGAGAACCUGUUGGCCAUCGUGCGUCUCCGAGAGAGCAAUCUCAAGAUGUUGGUCAUCGCGAAGAAUGAUAUCACAUUCGAAUCGUAUGAGAAGCACGAGAGCACCAUGCAGGAAAUUCAAAAGAUCAUGGGUUCGCUCUGGACACCAUUGAACGACUCGGAUCUGCCGCCGGUGAUAUUGGACCCUUUCAAAGGCGACAGCAGAGAUGUGAUCAUGCCGCUGGUCCUGAAAGAUCAGAAGUAAUAUCGCAAAGGAAAAUCUCCACCCAGUAUGAAUUCACCCGGCAACCACAAGGACUUCUGGAUCACUGGCAUCUUAAAAAAAAGUAAAGUCUCAUUAGGUUACAUUUUAUUCUUUUGUAAGAUUUUUGUUUUUUUUUUGUCUUCUUUUUGAUGAGACGUUAGUCAGCCGAAGUUAGAGGGCUCUCUCGAGCGGCGAAUACGUGCUGCGAAACCCGAGAUUUCGCUUUGUCAGAGGUAUCGGCGUCUCCCGAGUGAGAAUUGUAUUGGGGUAUACAAUGUAUACAGAGAGUGGUAAACGCACAUGUAGCUUCUCCUUGUUUACGAUAUGUCUUGAGGUUUCGUAUAUACGAAUGUGAUAAAACUAUCGUAGUUAACUGAAUCUACUUUCGAUUUGCCGAAUACGAUCCGAGGCAAAUUACGGCGAAUUUACAACAAAACUGAAGCGAUGCACGGAGAAUAAGAGGGAGGAGGGAAGGGGGGAGGGGGUGAUUUACAUAUAUAUAUAUAUAUUAUAAUUUUUUUUCCUUUACAUGGGAAGCACGAAUCGCACUUCGACAUUGACGAGGUAUAACGCGCGCUAUGAAACAAUCACGUGAAACACGCAACGUUAACGCACUGUGAAAAAGCAAUAUGCGCCGAACGAUCGUCCCUCUCGCCUAAAAUCGAUGUAUCACCGGAGAAAGAAGCCAGGAUACAUUUUUUUAUAAUCACGAUAAUAUUUCCGGUUAAUGAGGUGCAGUACGUCGGAAAAACGAUAUUGCAGUCUCCUGAAAGAGAGGGAGAAAAAGAGAAAAUGAGAAUCCUCCGUCUUGAUUCUUGCCACCAGACUUACGCAUAGCGUGCAGUUAGAACCGGGGAGCAAAAAAAAGCGAGCAACCUGGUUUUUUUUUUCGUUCAGAGAAACAAGAAGAAAACAAACUGCGACACGCGAGAGAAGGGGAGAGGCUCGAUCUCAUGAUCUUCCAUUGGAAUGAAUAACGUAUAAUUCCACGCGUGAUGUGCAAAAGCGACAACAGAUGCGUUAUAACAACAUAUUUUUCCAACUCUCUGCGAACGAACAGGAGAGAAAGAGAAAGAGAGUAAAAUGUAAAAGCGUGCGCCAAGAGCAUGACGUGCGAGAGUAAAUGUCUUUUAAUGCGGAAAAAAAUGGAGUUCGUCAGAAUAAGCGGCGUAAGCGUAACAAUGAGAGUAUCGCGCUCAAAAUGACGGAGAAAACGUUGCGAAGUCGAGAUAUAGCGAUCCGAGGUUAUUUUUAAUACCAAGACCAAUCGGACGCUUUUGUAUAAAUAUUAACGUAAAGAGCGCAGUUGAAAAUGCGUGAUGCGCGGAUAGAAGAACGAGAGAGAGAGAGAGAGAGAGAGAGAGAGAAACCGAAAAAGUCGCGCUCUAAAGAAACAUCUGUCUGUGUAUAGCAUUUCGACAGAUGCGUCGAUAACGAGAAUAAUAGUCGUGUGCGAGUAACCAAUAUAUAUAUACAUAUAUAUAUUACUGUCUAUAUCACCGUGCUCUUAGCGACCGCUUAUGACGAACGCAUAAAUAUAGUUGGUAUCUGUAAAAUCGGAGAUAUAUAAAUAUAUUAACCGCUAAUCGCGUAUAUAUGUAUAUGUAUAUGUAUGUACAAUUGUAUUAUUUGUCGAACUUUGAAACUUUAACAUCAUCCGGAUGCAGCGCGCAAUCUAUUUCUUUCGUGUAAUCUAUUUAAUGUGAUAAGAAUUUUGAGCAAAUGAGAGUGAGAGAGAGAGUGUGUGUGUGUGAAUAAGAGAGAGAAAGAGAGAAACAGAGCGAUCCGUAAGAACAAAGAUGAAAUACCAAAACGCAGCGUAUACUGUAUAACACACAGACAUACACACACACACACACAUACAUACACACACAGUUUACUAUAUUCCGAGAGAUUAUUUACCUGUUUUUUCGGGCCCUUGUAUAAUUAUAUUGCAUUAUCGUGUAUCUCGUAACUUGUAGUCACGUAUAUUACGUUUUUUUUUAUAUGUGAUUUCCGUGUAUGUGUACAUAACAUCUCUCGCUUGUUUUUUGGAACACGAUGAAUGCGUGCGCGAAUAAUGUGUGCAGUCGCAUAUAUAUAUACGGAUAAAAAAAGGAAAAAGAAAAAAUCAGUGGGGGAAUGUUCGAUUGCGAGUUAGAUGACAAGGAGAGAAGAAGAAAUAUGCGCGGAGGAAAGAACUUUCUGUUUUGACGAACGACCAUACUGUUAUACAAGAUGAACGGGCCUUUUAACAUGUACCUGAGUCGCGGUAAGGGUAAAUUCAUCGAUAAAUCUGAUACGCGACGUAUACCAUAGAGAGAGAGAACGUUUGAACAUCCUAUAACGAUCGCGUCCCAACAAACGUGCGCGAAGAGAGAUUAUAUCAGAGGUGAAACUAAUUGGGAACGCGGUAACGAGAUGCACAUGCGCUUUCACAUAUAUAUGUAUAUCUAUAUAUAUUUACAUAUGUAUGUGUAUUUAUGUGUUUAUAUACGUAAAUAUAU